UAAUUGAGUGACUUAAAAAUAAUGGCGAGACUCUGUAGCUGCACUCUCUUUUUCUCGGCGGUUUGGUGGCUUUUGUUGACGGCCGGCAAGAUCAUCGCAUGGUCAAUAGCUCGUUCUCUGGAAGCAGCGCUUGCGAACCAAGGCUUCCAUGAUCUCUGUUUCAGGAUGGUGAACAAGAGGAGUGCAACUUACACCCUCGCCGGCGUAAGAUGACGACGCUAAAUCAAAAUUUACCACACAGCUGCAAGGCGAUAAAAGAUAGGUUGAAUCCUGGUCCCCUUAAAAGGAAGGGACGUCCGGCCAUGGAUCCAGUGCAAACCGGUCCUCAAGUUAAACGUGGCCGAGUCUGCAAACGCCAGGGAUGGCGGUUCAUUAUCCCCUCUCCUGGUGAAUUAGAAGGAGAGGAGUGGGAUGCUCCUGCGGUUGUUAAAGAUUUUACGCAGGAUGCACCUGCUCAACCUGAUUUCAAUUUCCGGCCUGGGACGAGGUCGAGCGGAAUACAGGUGUGGAGAUUUCAUCUUCCGUCGUCUGAUGAGUUUGAUACCCCGUCCUCCGAUGAGUUCGAUGGGGCAGAUAAGACGAGUGAAACACCGGAUGCUAUUGUGGCUCCGGUAAUGGAGUUGAAUGGCAAAAAUAAUAGAAUGAAACCAGGAUUCAGAUCCCGGAAUGGGGCGAAGUCUGGUGAGAUGAGAAAUGGGCGGUUGUCGAAGAUCGGGACGAACGACGACCGUCCGGUGAGGCUGGUCUGGUCGGCUGUGGGCCGACGAUCAGGGUGUUUUAGUAUACCUACCUGGAGUUGGACUCCUACCAGACUAAGGGAGGCCCUAAUUUAUCGUUUUGGUGGCAUGACUCCUAACCCCCAAUACGUCGUAAAACGCGGCGGAAGAUCUAUGCAGAUCGGGAAGAUAACCCAUCCUAUGAGUCUCCUAAUUAAACUUAGCCUCUCCUGGCCGUUAACAACCCAUUCUUUGAUAGGCUAUUUAUUACGUCCUUCCUGCCCCUCGGUUUCCAUACGCUCUCCGAAGCUUGGCAACCAAUUGGCGUGGCAAAAGACGACGACGCAGCGAGAAGCACGUAACCUCUCCGGUAAGUGGGUGCUUUCUCUGGCUGAUAUUCACUUCCAUGUUUGGAUGAAUUCUGAUCCCUUGAAGUGUUUGUGCAAACUUCUCUGAAGCUUCCCUUGGUCAUUAAAGGGUACUGCCGACC